AAUCGUUUGAGCCAGUACAAGAACUAUGAGAGCCUGUCAUGUUCUCGAGUGGAACUGGAAAAGGAAUGCUUGCAAGUGGUGAAGGGGAAUAAUUUUUAUGACUUCCAGUUCAAUACGAGGCUUGUUAAAUCGACAAUUGUUCAUUUUCAGGUACAGUCUUUAUUAGAAUCGUUUGAUUGUUUCUUUCCAGCUCGUUUCAUUCAUACAAUUUUUAAGAUCCCGUUCAGUCCCCAAAGAACUAAUUAGUUAUAAUAAAAGGCACGAAUAGAACUCCUACAUAAAAAGAAGCGGAUUCACAACCUACACAGUUUAGGCUUAAAAUUGCCAAAAGCAAUAUGUUAUUGAUCAUCCUACCCAUUUAGUUUCCCUAAUUUUUAGUAAUUUUCAUUUACAUUGAAUGCAUAUUCCACUAAUUUAAUAUUAGAUUCAUAGUACGUUUUUCAUCACUAUAUACGAUAGAUGAUUGGUUCUAGUUAGUUAGUCAUCGUAGACCUAAUUUCUUACGAUCUAUGCAAUUGUACGAAGUCAUAUUUGCUGGAACGGCAAUGUUUUUACUAAAAACCUGCACCUGAUCAGGACGCCUUCUAGUUUUAUAGUCUCUUGAUCAUAAUUUUACAGCCAUCAUUAGCAUUGUAGUUUUGCAGGUUUUGAAAAUGUUAUUAUCCUUUAUGGAUGUGUUUAUAAAUGAUUCUAGCUCUAUGUCCUGAUCAUACGUUUUGAGGUAUGAAGUCCAAAAUUCUUUUUAUAUGACUCCAUUUUACAACUUGUUCAUUUGCGAUGAAUUAAAUUACCCAAUACUAACUAACUUUGAAAAGUCUUUCAGCUCCGUUCAGUGCUUGUUCAGGCAUGCAAUUGCUGAUCUAAUUUUUAGAAUAUGGAUGCUUGGUUUACCUGUUAAGCUAUCAUUAUGAAUAACGGUGCCAACUUCUCUUACAAUUAUGUCAUUUCAAUUUGACCUCUGAAAUUUUGAAAUGCUGCUCUUGAUGUACUGAGACUGGAUACAAUACUUUUCGUUAUUUUAUAGAUAUAUGAUCGAUGCCUGCUUUCUCUUAUAGUUUUGCAUACCAACUCUUGGAGACUAUAUAAUUUACUUUUAAAAGCUUAUACCGAGGAUGCAAUCAUCAAUAUGCGUCAGACAUCAUUUAUACAAUUAAAAAUGUUGUGCUGCUAAAUCUUGGAUGUCUAUGCAUCGCUGCAAUGGUAUGUGUCAGAUGACCUAGUACCUUUGAUCAUUGGGGUUACAUCAUACUAGGUGCAAUAAUUUUAUUGUUACUUUUAAUUUUCCUGGACAUACCUUCUUGGUCUUCAGCUCCCUCUUACAUACUUCUGGGACAAAGGACAACUUGGGAACCCCAUGUUUAUUUUAUUUUCUUUUGAUUUUUGUUGCAAGUACGUUUUCUCAUCAGGGUGUUAAAUACAACUUUAUCACUUUAACCUAUCUGUGGCAUUUAGGAAUGCUAUUUCUGUUUAUUUCAGCCUUUAAAGCAGACUGGAAUCUGAGCAGCUGCCAGGACGUUUUUAUAUGCUAAGGAAUCUCUUGUGGGCAACUUCUAAGCAUGAUGUUUACCUUAUGCAAAACUACUCAGUAAUGCACUGGUCUUCAUUGCUUCGGAGAGGCAAAGAAGUACUCAAUGUGGCUAAACAAAUUGUUCCCACUAUGAAAUGCCCUGGAGUCUCGUCCCAGUCAUUGUCCAGAGUGCAGAUAAGUACAAUGACGGUUAAGGAGAAUUUAAUCGUGGCUGGUGGUUUUCAAGGGGAACUAAUUUGCAAGUACUUGGAUCAUCCUGGAGUUGCAUUUUGCACCAAAAUGACAACAGAAGAAAAUGCAAUAACAAACGCUGUCGAUAUAUUUCAUAAUGCAAAUGGCGCAUUCAGGGUCGUCACAGCAAAUAAUGAUGCGAAAGUUAGGAUUUAUGAUGCCAAGACUUUCACUUGCCUCAGCGGCUUCACGUUCGACUGGUCCGUAAAUAACACCUCUGUUAGUCCAGAUGGAAAGAUGCUUGCAGUACUUGGAGACAGCACAGAGUGUCUGCUUGCAGAUGCCAACUCUGGCAAAGUGAUCGAGAGCCUAAAAGGGCACUUGGAUUACUCGUUUGCUUCUGCGUGGCACCCUGAUGGACGCAUUUUAGCGACUGGGAACCAAGAUACCACCUGCAGGCUGUGGGACAUAAGGAAUACGUCCAAGUCCCUAGCUGUGCUCAAGGGAAGAAUGGGAGCAAUCAGAUGUGUGAAAUUCAGCUCUGACGGUAAAUUCCUGUCAACGGCAGAGCCUGCAGAUUUCGUCCACAUCUAUGAAAGUCGCAGAGGUUAUGAACAAGCACAGGAAAUUGAUCUGUUUGGUGAAAUUGCUGGCAUAUCCUUUAGUCCCGACACGGAAGCUCUAUUUGUUGGCAUCGCGGAUCGAACCUAUGGCAGUGUAUUAGAAUUCAACAAACGACAUCAUAAUAAGUACAUAGAUUCCAUUUUCUAGACAAUGACGAGUGGUUAAAAAAUGGUUCAAAAUGAAGCAAGAAGCAGCGGCAAGAAUGGUGAUGGGAUUUGUAUAUAAGAAGAAUAUGUAUUUGGGUUGUUCCAGUUAUGUUAGUGUAUUGAAGUAUCGGAAGAUUUGGAGGGGUCAUAUAUGUAAUUGUAUUUGGUUUUUGGAGCUCAUCAAUGUCCUAAGAAAGAGUCAAAAGAAAAGAGGUCUGCCUGAAGUUAUUCCCUUUUAGUAAAUACUUUGGGUGUGCUGUUGGAGUUCGUCGCGUUUUGACCUCGUUUCUUUUGUUACCGUCUUCGUUAUGUUGGGCGUUGGAAUGAAUAUGGUCAGUCCAUUUUGAACAGAUUGAUUCAAUUCAUUUCUUAUAUAUAUUUAAAUAUUGUAUAGAUUAUUUUCAA